AUGAGUGGCAAAGGUCGGACAUGAAAAAUUUAUCAAAAUGAGCAGCAAAGAUCAACUGUUUUUGUUAAAACUAGAAAGCUCUGUGGAUAAAAAAGAAAGGGAUGCUUUAAUUCAACAAUAUCUCCGAACAUUUGGCGAGGAUUCAGGCGGGAAAAUAAAAAAAGUGUCCGACUUUCCUGAAGGAUGCGAGUGGAUGAAUUUGAAAGAUGACAGUUCGUUGUCUAUAAAUGGAAAUCUACGCGGAAAGAUUUGUGUUUUAGACUUCUUCACGUACUGUUGUAUAAACUGUAUGCAUAUCCUGCCAGAUCUACACGCUCUUGAAGCGAAACACAGCGUGGAAGACGGGCUGGUUGUCGUCGGUGUUCAUUCUGCCAAGUUUGAAAACGAGAAGGUUUCAAAGAACAUACUCAAUGCUAUUUUAAGAUAUGAUAUCACCCAUCCAGUUGUGAAUGAUACCACUGCAUUUCUGUGGAACGCCAUGGAGAUAGCAUGUUGGCCGACAUUGGUCGUUGUCGGACCGAAUGGUCAGCAUUUGUUAUCUUUGGUUGGAGAAGGUCAUCGUGAAACUUUGAUGGAGUUUGUUGAUGCAGCAAUAAUAUGGUUUCAGAACUCUGGUAAAAUAAGUAAUCAUUCAAUCAAAAUCUCGCUUGCAAGAGACAGCCUACCUCAAACAAGCCUAUCCUUUCCUGGAAAGAUUUCCUUAAAGAAGUCAGGUGAUAAAAUGGCUGUUGCCGACACAGGUCACCACCGAAUACUGAUUGUCGACAUGACGGGUGUGGUCGAGACUGUUGUUGGCAAGGGGGAGUCUGGCCUUGCAAAUGGUGCGUUCAACCAGGCACAGUUUAAUUGUCCGCAAGGCUUGGCAUGGAAAGGUGAUUCAAUGGUGUUUGUUGCUGACACUGAAAACCAUGCAAUCAGAUUGAUUGAUCUAAAGUCCAAAACAGUGACAACAGUUGCUGGAACAGGUUUGCAAGGAAAUGACAAGAUUGGUGGGAAAAUUGGCAAAGAACAAGAAAUCAGCUCCCCAUGGGAUGUUGUCAUUGGCCCAUCCCCAGGUUCACUAAAUAUAUUAGAAGAUGAAAGUGUUUUAUAUAUUGCAAUGGCUGGCACGCAUCAGAUAUGGGGUCUUUGUUUAACAGACACAAAAUGGUUAAAACGAAGUGAUGAAAAAGCGUGGUCUUGUCUGAGAUACUCCGGAAGUGGCGCUGAAGAAAAUCGCAACAACAGUUACCCACAUAAAACUGGUUUUGCUCAACCAUCAGGACUGACCGUUGCUCGUGCUAAACCUCUCGAAAGCUUGUUUAUUGCAGACAGCGAAAGCAGUAGCGUGCGGUCAGUGGCCAUUACAACCGGCGGGGCUAAGGCUUUGGUUGGCGCUGACCGGGAUCCAAUGAAUCUCUUUGCGUUUGGUGAUCUCGAUGGUAGCGGUGUGGACGCUAAGCUUCAGCAUCCUCUAGCGGUAUCCUGGAACGAUCAAAACCAAUUACUUUACGUAGCAGAUUCCUAUAAUCAUAAAAUCAAGGUGGUUGAUCCUAUUAAGAAAACCUGUACCACGCUCCUUGGUACUGGCGAACCAGGUUGUGAAGACGGAGAUCUUGGGCGCGUUCAGUUUAACGAGCCCGGAGGCAUGGACGUCAGUCCAGAUGGUAGCACGUUGUAUGUCGCUGAUACUAAUAGUCAUGCAAUACGCAUGGUCGAUUUGAAAACAAAUUCUGUUUCAACAUUACCAAUUAUCAGUCAAAUACCAGUGGAAAAAGAUGGCGUCACUGAUAUUACCGACAGCAGUCCUCGGGCUGUUUCGAAAUACCGUCGGCUUGCACCACGGAACGCGAGCACCAUAACCUGCAAUCCUGUUGAAACUUGCAAAGAAUCGUUAGAGAUAUUGUUCUCGUUCAGCUUGCCUGAACAUUGUCAGCUAACCGAAGGAGUUGAAAGUCGAUGGCAGUGCGCGAUAUUUGACGAUUCCGCAAAUAUUGGUCAAACGGUUCACAGCGGUCAGCUGAUUAAUCCAGACGUACCCAUAACCAUUUUGAUAGAUUUGUCAAGCAACAAAGAUAUUCAAAUAACGGUGGAAGGAAAGAUCUACUACUGCGAACCAAAUGGAGCGUGUUUUAUGCAAGGAGUUCUCUUUGAACUUCCAGUGAAGCAUCAGGAAAGGAAAGGUCCAAACGAUACAAAACUCCCGGUGAAAAUACACUAUGACUGUACCAAACCUUAAGCAUUACUUCUUAAAUUGGGUUUCAUUUACACGUAUGAAAUUCUGUAAAAAUAUUGCAGUCACAUUUAAUUUACCGAUAGCAAGUUAAAUACCGAGUCUGGCCACAAGGGACCACGAGUUGUUAACGAUAGAAAUAGUUUUUUGAAAAGAAUUUAGGAGAAAAUAUUUUCUAAAAAAGAGCCUGUUCUGUAUAUACCAGAAUACAGGCAUUAUUCCAAGGAAGAUUGAAAUAUAUAAGGCUUCGCAAAACAGUGAUACCAGUCUU